GGCGUCGGCUCUUGGCGCAAGAGGGGAGAGUGGGGUACCUGUAAGGUCGAGGGGUCUCGAAGAAAAAGAGGAGGAGGGGGAAAGUCCCAGAAGCCUGUCUUACAGCAUUUUUAAGGUCAUCUGCACUUUCUGACUGGGAAAAGAUGGUCAACGUCUUGAAAGGAGUGCUUAUAGAAUGUGACCCUGCCAUGAAGCAAUUUCUGCUGUACUUGGAUGAGUCAAAUGCCCUAGGGAAGAAGUUCAUCAUUCAAGACAUUGAUGACACUCACAUCUUCGUAAUAGCAGAGUUGGUUAAUGUCCUUCAGGAGCGAGUAGGUGAAUUAAUGGACCAAAAUGCCUUUUCUCUUACCCAGAAGUGAAAAUAUUAGAUAAUGAUCACUUAGGAAUUAAAAGUAACAAAUGUGAGAGACUCACCAUUCGAUGUCUUCUGUGACCGAUUAGAUUUACAGAAUUGCUCAGAAGCAUGCGACAGGGAAGACUGUGAUAUCAUUUGUUCAUAAGAAAGCCCCUGAACUGACUUUCUUGUUCUGUUUUUUUUCAUUGUGUGUACCCUAGAAUUUAAAAAAAAAGAAAAAAGCUUUAACAGUUGGCUGUAAUUUGGCUUUUAUUAACCUUUAUUAAAAUAUAAAUGUAAUUGGU